CAGAUCACAUCGUCGACCGCGGCGCCGACAGCUUCCUUUCGUUUCGAAGCCGAGAGCUGGGCGGGAUGUUGCGAGUGAGGUGCAGAAGAAGCUGGGAAGAAAAAUUUCCAGUCGCGUUUGGAAUUUAAGCAGUUCGAAAAUCCUGGUGGGUCCGAGAAGACGACCCCACUUUGACGCCCAAGAUGGAUGCCAAUGCCCCACAGUGCGUGGAUUGCUGCACAGUGUGCCUAGCACUCACAGAGCAUCUCUUGUGAGCACCAAACCAUGGAAGUAUCUCUCCUUCACGUCCAGCACACCAACACAGCCCUCCCAAAAGAAUAGUAAAAGGCCUGUCAAAAAUGCUUAUAAUUCAAGCCUUCGGCUCCAACGGCUCAGGCCAACUCGGCAUCGGCCACAAAGAAGACGUCUCCACCCCCCAACCCGUCCUCCUCCCAUCCUCCAUCACCACCACCACCACUCCCCAGCCAAAGCUCAAACGCAUAGCAGCAGGCGGAAACCACACGCUACUCCUCUUCGAAUCAGGAGCCCUCCUCUGGAGCGGUGACCACACCUCGGGCGCAUGCGGGCCCGUCACCACCACCAACACAGACGACAGCACCCCCGAGCUAACCCCCCAGUUCCGCCCCGUCGACUUGACCUCCCUCCCCCCAGGAUCAAAACCCGUCCACGUAGCCGCCACCUGGACCGCCACCAUCCUCGUCACCACCGCCCCCUCCCCCAAUCCCCAAAGCAACAACAACACCACCACCAACAACACCCACAAAGUCUACACCUUCGGCACAGCCACCAAAGGCGAACUCGGCCUCGGCCUCGACCCAUCCAGCCCCGCUUCCACCCCCAUCCCAACCGCCAUCCCCAACUUCCCACCCCCCGGCACCCACAUAACCGACCUCUCCUCCUGCAUGGGCCACGCGGUAGCGGUGCUCGGCAACGGCGAGGCGUGGGGGUGGGGCAACGGGCGGAAAGGCCAGCUGGGCGAACCCGCAACAGGCGCGGUGCACUCGCCGCGGCGGAUCGAGGGGGUCGGAUUCCCCGUGGCGAGGGCCGUGUGCGGGCGCGAGUUUACCUGUCUUUUUGGGCGGCCCGACGACGCCGGGGAGGUGGCUGUGCUGGGUUCGGAUAAGUGGGGGGUGCGGUCGCAGGUUCCUCCUUCUUGUCGGUCGCUUUCGGGGGGUGUGGCCGGGUGGAGGGAGGUUGGUGCUGGGUGGGGGAGCGUGUUUGUGUUGAAGGAGGAUGGGGGGUUGCUUAGUUGGGGGAGGGAUGACCAUGGGCAGCUGGCGCGCGAGGAUCUUGGGCGAGUCCGGGAUAUUGCUGUGGGUAGCGAGCAUGCGUUGGCGUUGACCGAGGCUGGUGAUUUGAUGGUUUGGGGCUGGGGCGAGCAUGGAAACUGUGGACCGAUUCGGAAUCAGGACGGAGAGAAAGGAGAGCGGAAUAAGAUUGUUUCGGCGAGCGAGGGAAUGGAAAUCACCAUGAUUGGCGCCGGUUGUGCAACGAGCUGGAUCAUCUCCGAGAAGCCAACAUAAACCACCCCAUGGUAUCAUGGGAAGCGCAACCUCCACAUCACCACCAACGC